AGCUGCGAAGUGGGUUCGGGCGGUGACGGCGAUUCUUGUGACGUGUGCAGACCCAGCCGCCUAAGGAGCGCGCGGCCCACGGCUGCGGGACGGUAAUGGCUAUGCAGAUGCAGCUUGAAGCAAAUGCAGACACUUCAGUGGAAGAAGAAAGCUUUGGUCCACAACCUAUUUCACGAUUGGAGCAAUGUGGCAUAAGUGCCAAUGAUGUGAAGAAAUUAGAAGAAGCUGGUUUCCAUACAGUGGAGGCUGUUGCUUAUGCACCAAAGAAGGAACUCAUAAAUAUUAAGGGAAUUAGUGAAGCCAAAGCUGACAAAAUUCUGGCUGAGGCAGCUAAAUUAGUUCCAAUGGGUUUCACCACUGCAACUGAAUUCCACCAAAGGCGUUCAGAAAUCAUUCAGAUUACUACUGGCUCCAAAGAGCUCGACAAACUGCUUCAAGGUGGAAUUGAGACUGGAUCUAUUACAGAGAUGUUUGGAGAAUUCCGAACCGGGAAGACACAGAUCUGUCAUACAUUGGCUGUAACAUGCCAGCUUCCCAUUGAUCGUGGUGGAGGUGAAGGAAAGGCCAUGUACAUUGACACCGAGGGUACAUUUAGGCCAGAACGCCUGCUAGCAGUGGCUGAGAGAUAUGGUCUCUCUGGCAGUGAUGUCCUAGAUAAUGUAGCAUAUGCUCGAGGGUUCAACACAGAUCACCAAACCCAGCUCCUUUAUCAAGCAUCAGCCAUGAUGGUAGAAUCCAGAUACGCACUGCUUAUUGUAGACAGUGCUACUGCCCUCUACAGAACAGACUACUCAGGUCGAGGAGAGCUUUCAGCCAGGCAAAUGCAUUUGGCCAGAUUUCUGAGGAUGUUGCUUCGACUUGCUGAUGAGUUUGGUGUAGCUGUGGUGAUCACCAACCAGGUAGUAGCCCAAGUGGAUGGAGCAGCCAUGUUCACUGCAGAUCCCAAAAAACCCAUUGGAGGAAACAUCAUUGCCCAUGCAUCAACAACCAGGCUGUACCUGAGGAAAGGAAGAGGGGAGACGAGAAUCUGCAAAGUCUAUGACUCUCCCUGUCUUCCUGAAGCUGAAGCCAUGUUUGCCAUUAAUGCAGAUGGAGUGGGAGAUGCCAAGGACUGAAUCGUCAGGACCUUUUUUUUUUUUUUUUUCUGUGAUAAACUUUUAAAUGCUAAAUAGCUUAAUGAAGAGGACUGUUCCCUGGGCUUCUUCAGGCUCUUCCUGAUGGGACUGCCAGGACAUGACUUCCAGGAAAAUAAUUAUUGUAUCGGCUUUCUGGUGGCAGAAACAGGAGACAGGUCAGUAUUCAAACUGAUCUGAAAUGUUCAUUUCUUACAGAGUUUAUUUCUUAUAGAGUAUAUUAAUGUCUGAUUUCUUUGGUGUUUGGAGGAGAGAUAGGAAAUAACUAUCAGUCUUAAGUUUCAAGAGAAGUAAAUUUGGAGAGACCUGA